AUGUAUUUUUCUCAAAUAAUAUGCUCUCUUAUCAUUAUUUUGUUUCAGUAUUGCUUAGGAAAAGCCCUGGUGUUAACGGUGGAGAGCGAGACCCUGCUCCCCUAUGAUGAACCAUAUUAUGAGUAUGUUCCUGACCGCAUGCAGUGGCACGCUGCCCGCGAGGUCUGCAGCCAGAGGUCUGGAGCUAUGGCUGUGGUCUCUAACGUCCUUGAGAACAGAGAACUGAGCAGCUUUUUACAGUCGCUUAACAUCACUCAGCCCGUUUGGAUCGCGAUGAAAGUCGUGAAACAAAUGAGCGAUUCCCUAAUCCUGGAGUUUUUGGGGAGAACAGAUAGGAAGUCUGCUCGACUCCUGCAGAGUUUCCCGACCAUGGACGCCGUCACGGUUUGCGCCCGUGUUCGAUUCGACCCAAGCUGCCACGGAGUUUCCACUGUGUUCUCUUAUGCCAUACAGACUUUUAUUAAUGAAUUCCAGCUUCGAGCUCAAGUUAUCCAGGGCGAGCCCAUCCAGCUCGCUCUCCUCGUGCACGGAGUACACAGCCGCUAUGUGUCUGCUUUCCCAAACGACGCUUCCUGGCACUCCGUGUGCGUCAGCUGGGCCGCACAGGGGGGCCGGUGGGCCAUCACGGUGAACGGUUCGGAGAUAGGUCAGGGGUCGAACCUCUAUCCGUCGGAACGCAUCGGACGCAACGGCCAGUUCAUCAUCGGCCAGGAGCAGGACGCUUACGGCGGAUCGUUCAAGAGCCAGGAGGCUUUUUGCGGAAGCAUUACGCAGCUCUACAUCUGGAAACGGGUGUUGAACAGCAGUGAGAUUCAGACUAUGGAAAAAGAGUGUUCACCUAUUCCCUCUGGUCUGUUUUUUAAGUGGAGUGCUUCAGCUUUGGAAGUGGAACCCUCCCUGCAGAGACACUGGGGAAAGUCCCUGUGUCAAGAUGAAUUUGAUGUCUAUGGCUUUCCCAAGACACCGUUUUUCAAACAAGUCAAGAAGGACCUGGUUGGCCAACCUACAACGGAUGGAAAUAACCUAACCGCACCUGCCAAGCGAGACCUGGCCGGACUGAGCGCGCUCAGUGGUGUUCUUGUCAAGGUUCUGAAAAGCAACCCAGCCAUCGUCACUUCCUCCGACAUCCUCCACCUGACUCAGAUGAUGGAGAAAGCGGCGGCCGCACACCUGUCCCUGGGAUCCAGCCCCUCUGAGGCCAUCGUGUCUCUGGUCACCAAUUACCUGAAACUGGCCAGUGAGAUCCUUGACCCUGAUAUGGCUGUUCAUUGGUUGGAUCUGAGUGAAGAUGAGGUCCGUCCCAGACCAUUCUCGGUUAUUGAAAGUAUUGACAAAUUGAUUUGCGCGCUGGCAGACGUACUGUGGAAAGAUGGGAAAAGCUACAGCAUUUCAACAAACAGCAUAGAUGUUCAUCUGGAGCCGAGACAGCUUUCUCAGGCGAGCUGCAGCUUCCUGUAUAAACCAUCUGCUUAUGACACCCAGUCCAACCAUCAUGACGAGAUUCUCAUUCCAGACUUGGAGCUCCACAGACUCUACUCACUGGGUCACAAAGAGGUCAUGUUUAUUCACACAUACUACAGUCACGUGCUGGAAAUGCAAAACAGAAUGCGGUUUGACUCAUCUUCUGAAGGACAGAGUGACAGAGAAGGUCUCAUAGACGGUCAGCUGGGUACGGCGAUUAUCUCGGCCACCGUUCGCGAUGUGUCAAGGGCAGAGAAUGUUCCGGUCUCUGUUCAGUACUCCCUGUCCUCUCUAAACACGGUGGAGUAUACGCAGCGUGUCACGCCUGUUUGUGUUUUUUGGAACUUCAGCCUGAUGGAAGGCCAUGUGAGCGGCUGGUCACAGGAGGGCUGUCGUGUGAUGUACUCCGGGCCAGAUGUCACCACCUGCUCCUGUAGUCACACCACAAACUUCGCUGUCCUCAUGAAUUACAUGGACAACACGUGGAGUCCAGAAGAGGAGAGUGUUUUGACUAAACUGACGUUCAUCGGUUCGGGAGCGUCUCUCUGUGCGCUGGUGGUGACCUUGAUGCUGUUUACUGUGCUCGAUAUUCCUAAAUCAGACCGGACGUCAAUUCACAAGAACCUGUUCAUCUCCCUCACCUGUGCUCAGAUUGUACUGCUCUGCAGUGGCUCGGCCAUACACAACAAGGUGGCCUGCACCCUGGUGGCGGCUCUGCUCCAUCUGUUCUUCAUGGCGGCGUUUAGCUGGAUGCUGGUGGAGGGGCUCCUGCUUUGGAGCAAAGUGGUGACGGUCAACCUCAGCGAAGACCGUCACAUGAAAUACUAUUAUCUCAUUGGCUGGGGUCUGCCUGUGUUAAUCGUGACCAUUACCCUGGCCUCUGCCUCUGAUAAGUACUCGGCCGACGGACACUGCUGGCUCAGUGUACAGAAUGGAGUUAUAUGGGGUUUUGCCGGACCAGUCAUUUUCAUCAUCAUGGUAAAUAUCAUGGUGUUGAUACGCGUUGUGGUCAUUACCAUCUCCACGGCGAAGAGAAGAUCUUUGAUGAUGGCUGUGAGCAGUAGUCCAGUGGAACAAGCUUACGAACAGAUCAGGGCUGCAGUGAAAGCAGUGCUGGUCUUGUUGCCAAUACUGGGCCUCACAUGGCUGUGUGGGGUCCUGGUGCCCUUCUCCAUUGCAAUGGCCUACGUCUUUAUCCUCCUCAACUCGCUGCAGGGUCUCUUCAUCUUCCUGAUAUAUGGAGUGUACAACACAGAGGUUCGCAGUACAGUAAACAGGUUUAAAGAGAGGAGAAAAGCCACGAACUUCUCUAACUGUGUGAGUUCCAGACCUUCCAGUUCGGUGACCACCUCGCGGCCGGGCAGUUGCCCCAUGCCUGAGUCUCAGGGAGGUGAAGCGCCCUGUACCUGCCAGCCCGGGAUGCUGUCCUCCCCACACUGCAGUGCUUGUGUGGGCUAUACCAGCUCCAGCUACAACGGCAGGAGGCAUCUGUCCCUUCCCAGCGUCCCCGGAAGUCUGGGGGAGACCGGCCUGUGCCCCUCCUUCGCUCUGUCCGUCUCUAAGGUUGGCCCGGGGAGGUAUCACGAGUCCUCAGCUACGAGUCCACAACAGAGUCCAGUAAAAAGAGUGACAGCCUCUGCCAGAAUUGUGGGGCAGGACAGCGUCCACUUGACUCUCGUUUCCUAUUACCCUUACGGUCAGCUGGGCGCAGCGAUGAGGUCAUUAAAUCAAGGUCAAGCAGAUUAG